AUAAAAAAAGUUCAAACGUGUAUCGAAUAAAAUUAUUAAUAAAAAAUCUCGUUGCGCGUAUGCUAUCAUAUUGUAGAUUUAAAUUUAGCGCGCACAGAUGAAAGAUGCGCGCGCAAAAUGUAAUAGCCGAACGAUUCCCUCACUUUUCCCUCCGCCAUAAGUGAAGAACUGGUGUUGAAUCGUCAAAAUAUUUUGUUACAAAAAAUGAUUGAAAAGGAAGAACAGAAUGAUGAAAGUAAUGAAAAAAAUAUAGAAUUAGACUUUUCGACAUCAGAGAAACAAGAAGCGCGUGCAUUCUUACGAGAACGUUUUCUACGUGUGAUAACUGGUAUUGUCGGUAAAAAGACAAAAUUUAGUUUAUAUGAAAAUUCACACGUUGCUGGUGAAUUUCGUGGUUCCGACAUUGAUUGCCUGGAAUUAUUUGUGAGAAAUUUGGAGACACCACUUGGAAUAAUCCCAGAAGCUAUUCUCAGAGUGAACGACAUAAUCUCCAUGAAUGUUGAUGACAUUACAAGCAAUCAAUAAUAAAAUUAUUCUAAGAGUAGAUUCUCUUCCAGCAAGGCAUUACAACGACGUUCUCAAUCUUCUCCAGUUUCUGGAAGACAUUGAAAAAACUGAUAUAUAGAUAUAUUUUGUGAAAUUAAUAUUGAAUUAUAUUCAAUUAAUUGUGCUACAACAUUAUGUAUCGCUUUAUUUUAUUCGUCACGUUGACGUGCCUCGUCUUUAAUAUCAGUAGCAAUAUGAUCGAAAAAAAAGAUCAAAGGAUGGAAUUAACGACUAAAGGAGAGGAAGAUACAAAUAAAUCAUUGGAAGUUAUCUCACGUUCUUC